GAUUGGGGGGCCCCGCACAUCACCCCCUGUCCCCCCCCAGGUUCGCGCCUUCGGGCCGGGGCUCUCGGGGGGCCUGGCAGGGGUGCCCGCGCCCUUCACCAUCGACACGACGGGCGCGGGCAGCGGCGGCCUGGGGCUCACGGUGGAGGGCCCGUGCGAGGCGCAGCUGGAGUGCGCCGACAACGGCGACGGCACCUGCUCCGUGUCCUACGUGCCCGCGGAGCCGGGCGACUACAACAUCAACAUCCUGUUCGCGGGCGCCCACGUGCCCGGCUCGCCCUUCCGCGCCGUCGUGCGCCCGCCGGUCGACGCCUCCAAGGUGACGUGUUCGGGGCCCGGCCUGGAGGGCGCCACGGCCGGCCAGCCCGGCCACUUCCGCGUGGACUGCAGCCGCGCGGGCAGCGCCGAGCUCACCAUCGGCAUCGCCUCGGAGGCGGGCGCGCGCGCCGAGGUGCGCGUGGAGGACAACGGCGACGGCACCUACACCAUCGCCUACACGCCGCUCAGCCCCGGCGUCUACACCAUCACCGUGGAGUACGGCGGGCAGCCCGUGCCCCACUUCCCCAGCAAGGUCCGCGUGGAGCCGCCGUGCGACACCGCCGCCGUCAAGGCCUACGGGCCCGGCCUGGAGGGCAAGGGCGUCUUCAGGGAGGCGGUGACGGAGUUCGAGGUGGACGCGCGGGCGCUGAACCAGAGCGGCGGCCCCCACGUGAAGACGCGGGUGUGCAACCCCUCGGGGAACGUCACCGAGAGCUUCGUGGAGGACCGCGGCGACGGUACCUACCACGUGGAGUACACGCCGUACGAGGAAGGGGUGCACACGGUGGAGGUGACGUACGGCGGCAGCCCCGUGCCCCACAGCCCCUUCCGCGUGCCCGUCACCGAGGGCUGCGACCCCACGCGCGUCCGCGUGCACGGCCCCGGCAUCCAGAGCGGCACCACCAACCAGCCCAACAAGUUCACGGUGGAGACGCGCGGCGCGGGCACCGGCGGCCUGGGCCUGGCCGUGGAGGGGCCCUCGGAGGCCAAGAUGUCCUGCACGGACAACAAGGACGGCAGCUGCUCCGUGCAGUACGUGCCCUACGAGCCGGGCACCUACAGCCUCAACGUCACCUACGGCGGCCACCAGGUCCCCGGGAGCCCCUUCAAGGUGCCGGUGACGGCGGUGGUGGACGCGGGCAAGGUGACGUGCGCGGGGCCGGGGCUGACGCCGGGCGCCGUCCGCGCCAACGUGCCCCAGAGCUUCACCGUGGACACCAGCAAGGCCGGCGUCGCCCCGCUCGACGUCAAGGUGCAGGGGCCCAAAGGUGUGGUGGAGCCGGUGGACGUGGCCGACAACGGGGACGGGACGCAGCGCGUCAGCUAUGUCCCGUCGCGCGAGGGCCCCUACAGCAUCUCCGUGCGCUACGGCGACGAGGAGGUGCCGCGCAGCCCCUUCAAGGUGAAGGCGCUGCCCACGCACGACGCCAGCAAGGUGAAGGCGAGCGGCCCCGGGCUCAACACGACCGGCGUCCCCGCCAGCCUCCCCGUGGAGUUCACCAUCGACGCCAAGGACGCCGGCGAGGGGCUGCUGGCCGUGCAGAUCACGGACCCCGAGGGCAAGCCCAAGAAGGCGACGAUCCGCGACAACGAGGACGGCACCUACACGGUGUCCUACGUGCCCGACACCACGGGCCGCUACACCAUCCUCAUCAAGUACGGCGGCGACGAGAUCCCCUACUCGCCCUACCGCAUCCGCGCCGUGCCCGCCGGCGACGCCAGCAAGUGCACGGUGACGGGGCCAGGCCUGGGCCCCACCAUCCACCUGGGCGAGGAGACGGUGGUGACGGUGGACGCCAAGGCGGCGGGCAAGGGCAAGGUGACGUGCGCGGUGCGCGCGCCCGACGGCGCCGAGGCCGACGUGGACGUGGUGGAAAACGCCGACGGCACCUUCGACAUCUUCUACACGGCGCCCGAGCCGGGCAAAUACGUCAUCACCAUCCGCUUCGGCGGCGAGCACGUGCCCAACAGCCCCUUCCAGGUCAUGGCCACCGACCGCCCGCUGCUGGGCGUCAACGGGCUGGACAUGGCCGGGCUGCGGCCCUUCGACCUCGUCAUCCCCUUCACCAUCAAGAAGGGCGACAUCACGGGGGAGGUGCGGAUGCCCUCGGGCAAGGUGGCCAAGCCGGACAUCACGGACAACAAGGACGGGACGGUGACGGUGCGCUUCGCGCCCAGCGAGGCCGGCUUGCACGAGAUGGACAUCCGCUACGACAGCAUGCACAUCCCCGGCAGUCCCCUGCAGUUCUACGUGGACUACGUCAACAGCGGCCACGUCACCGCCUACGGCCCCGGCCUCAUCCACGGCACCGUCAACAAACCGGCCACCUUCACCGUGAACACCAAGGACGCGGGCGAGGGGGGGCUCUCGCUGGCCGUGGAGGGGCCCUCCAAGGCGGAGCUCAGCUGCACCGACAACCAGGACGGCUCGUGCAGCGUCUCCUACCUGCCCGUGCUGCCCGGCGACUACAGCAUCGUCGUCAAGUACAACGACAAGCACAUCGCGGGCAGCCCCUUCACCGCCCGCAUCACCGGUGACGACAGCCUGCGCCUGUCCCACCUCAAGGUGGGCGCCUCGGCCGACAUCCCGCUGGACAUCGGCGAGACCGACCUGAGCCAGCUGACGGCCACGGUGACGGCGCCCUCGGGCCGCCAGGAGCCCUGCCAGCUCAAGCGGCUGCGCGACGGCCACAUCGGCAUCUCGUUCGUGCCGCAGGAGGUGGGCAAGCACCUGGUGCACAUCGCGCGGGGCGGGAAGCCCCUCGCGCGCAGCCCCGUGGCCGUCACCAUCAGCCAGGCGGAGCUGGGCGACGCGAGCCGCGUGCGCGUGGCCGGGCCCGGCCUGCGCGAGGGCCGCACCUUCGAGCCGGCCGCCUUCACCAUCGACACACGCGACGCCGGGUACGGGGGGCUCAGCCUGUCCAUCGAGGGGCCCAGCAAGGUGGACAUCAGCACAGAGGAGCUGGACGACGGCACCUGCCGCGUCUCCUACUGCCCCACGGAGCCCGGCAACUACAUCAUCUCCGUCAAGUUCGGGGAGCAGCACGUGCCGGGAAGCCCCUUCUCGGUGAAGGUGACGGGCGAGGGCCGCGUCAAGGAGAGCAUCACGCGGCGGCGCCGGGCGCCCGCCGAGGCCGGCGUGGGCACCGCCUGCGACCUCAGCCUCAAGAUGCCGGAGCUGAGCACGCACGAGCUGUCGGCGCUGGUGACGGGCCCGUCGGGGCAGGCGGUGGCCGCGCAGGUGCUGGAGGGCGAGGGUGGCACCUACUGCAUCCGCUUCGUGCCCAGCGAGACGGGCGUGCACUCGGUCAGCGUGAAGGACCGCGGGCAGCACGUGCCCGGCAGCCCCUUCCAGUUCACCGUGGGGCCGCUGGGCGAGGGCGGCGCCCACAAGGUGCGCGCCGGCGGCCCCGGCCUCGAGCGCGCCGAGGCGGGCAUCCCAGCCGAGUUCAGCAUCUGGACGCGGGAGGCGGGCGCCGGCGGCCUCGCCAUCGCCGUGGAGGGGCCCAGCAAGGCCGAGAUCGCCUUCGAGGACCGCAAGGACGGCUCCUGCGGCGUCUCCUACGUGGUGCAGGAGCCGGGCGACUACGAGGUGUCGGUGAAGUUCAACGACGAGCACAUCCCCGACAGCCCCUUCGUGGUGACGGCGACGGCGCCGUGUGACGACGCCCGCCGCCUGACUGUUUCUAGCCUUCAGGAGUCCGGCCUCAAGCCGCACCAGCCGGCCUCGUUCGCCGUGAGCCUCAACGGGGCGCGCGGCUCGCUCGACGCCAAGGUGCACAGCCCCUCGGGCGCGCUGGAGGAGUGCCACGUGAGCGAGGUCACCGACGACAAGUUUGCGGUGCGGUUCAUCCCGCGCGAGAACGGCGUCUACUCCAUCGACGUCAAGUUCGAGGGCUCCCACAUCCCCGGCAGCCCCUUCAAGGUGCGCGUCGGGGAGCCCGGCCAGGCCGGCGACCCCGGCCUCGUCUCCGCCUACGGGCCCGGCCUCGAGGGCGGCACCACCGGCUCCCCGGCAGAGUUCGUGGUGAACACGGCCAAGGCGGGCCCCGGCGCGCUGGCCGUCACCAUCGAGGGCCCCUCCAAGGUGAAGAUGGAGUGCCACGAGUGCCCCGAGGGCUACCGCGUCACCUACACGCCCAUGGCGCCCGGCAGCUACCUCAUCUCCAUCAAGUACGGCGGGCCCCACCACAUCGUGGGCAGCCCCUUCAAGGCCAAGAUCACCGGCCCGCGCCUGGUGAGCAGCCACAGCCUGCGCGAGACGUCCUCGGUGCUGGUGGAGGCGUCGGGCCGGGCCGAGGCGGCCGCCCCCGCGCCCCCCACGGCCGCCGCCGCGCACAGGGCGCCCUCGGACGCCUCCAAGGUGCUGGCCAAGGGGCUGGGGCUCAGCAAGGCCUUCGUGGGCCAGAAGAAUUCCUUCACGGUGGACUGCAGCAAGGCCGGUAAAAGCCCCGCUUUGGGCAUUGAAAUCUUCACCUUGUUCUGCUUCAUCUUGUUCUCUUAA